CUUUUAAAUGCUUACACGUUUUAAUUGCGUCACAUACAUCUGCGCAGCUAAAUUCAGCAUAACAACGUGUCGCCGGUUUUUGUUAUUCUGGAAAAUUGAUAUCGAUCUCGGGAGAAUAUCGAGAUUUUUAUAGAUUGUCGCGUCUAAAAAAUAUAUAGAAUGAAUAAGCUUGCGACGCGAACUGUCAAACGUCAAACGAUAAAAUAACACACAUAUAUCGUGUUUAUUUGACAAGUGUUAUUAUCCGAGAUUUAUCUGUGAUCCAUAUCGUCGUUUAUCCCCACUCGAAUAAAGUUCAUAAUAAUAAUAAUAAUAAAGGAUAAAGGGCACUAAUAGUUUCUAAUAAAUUAUGCAUCGCGUUCGCUUGAACGAUCUCACGAUAAAAUUACGGAGGGUGUCGAAUCUGCAGCCGAUCGUCGUCCAUCGAAGGUUGAUCGCCGGUCGAAAUUCGCUGAUUUACGGAUCCGAGGUCGCGACAGCCCGAAAAAAUGGCACGCCGAUCGUGGCACUGGAGUCCACGAUAAUUACACACGGCAUGCCGUACCCACAUAAUUUGAACACCGCGCUCAAAGUCGAAGACGCCGUCAGAAAGCAAGGUGUUGUUCCUGCGACCAUAGGAAUCUUAGAGGGGAAGGUGCACGUUGGCUUAAACAAGGAACAACUGGAAAUCCUAUCUAAAGCAGACUCUGCAAAGACUAUUAAGUGUUCACGCAGGGAUAUCUGUUUCCUUGCAUCGUGUGGAUUAAAUGGCGGCACAACAGUCAGUGCCACAAUGUUGAUUGCACACGCAGCAAAUAUUGCAAUAAUGGCAACAGGUGGUAUUGGCGGGGUUCACAGAGGAGCCGAGAUGACCUUUGACAUCAGUACAGAUUUGACUGAACUUGGACGUACACCGGUAGCAGUUGUCUGCUCAGGUGUUAAAUCUAUCUUAGACAUUGGCAAGACCUUGGAAUAUUUGGAAACUCAAGGGAUACCAGUGAUAAAAAUUGGCGAAUCGCCAGAAUUUCCAGCUUUUUAUUGCUCCGAGACGUUGGAUAAAAUAAAAGCACCUUGCAGAGUUUCUAAUGCCAAGGAAGCAGCUAAUAUUGUGAAGAUGCAAAGACUACUGGACAUUAAUACAGGGAUAUUAUUUGCAGUAUCGAUUCCCGAAAAAUAUACAUUGAAGCCUGAUAUUGUAGAUUCUGCUAUAUCUGAAGCUUUAGAAAGAGCCAGUGCCAUGCAUAUAACAGGCAAGCAAGUUACACCAUACCUUCUAGAUGAACUCAACAAGCUCACACAUGGUCAAUCCCUUGAAGCAAAUAUGGCUCUUAUAGAAAAUAAUGCUACGGUAGCAGCUGAAGUAGCCUUGAAUCUCUCCGAAGGAUCUUCAACAUCCUACCUAGGACCUGCACCAGAACGAUCGAUUAUAUCAAAGCAAAAACCGGUAGUAGUUGGUGGGGCUGUUUUGGAUACUGUCGUGCAAGUGCAGGACCCGAAAAUAAAUCACGAUGGCAGAACGCAUGCUGGACAAAGCAGACAAAGCUGCGGCGGGGUUGCUCGAAACGUAGCCGAUGCCUUGAUCAAGCUCGGUUUGGAGAACACGAGGCUGGUAUCCGUCGUCGGCCUGGACGACCUUGGAAAGGUCAUCCUCGAGAGUCUGGGAAACGGCGGGGAAACUGUGAAACGAGUGUCGGACAUCAACACCGCCAGGUUCACGGUGAUAGUGGACGUCGACGGUGAAUGCCAUUUCUGCGUCAGCGAAAUGGAAUCCUUCAACGAGAUCGACCCGGAGUUGAUAGAAGAAUGUCGCUCGCACCUCGAAGAAGCUAGUUUUAUCGUUCUCGAUGGAAACCCAGGACCGGACACCAUGCGAUGCGUCCUGGACAUCGCGUCGCAAGCCAACAUCCCGGUUUGGUACGAGCCCACAGAUAUUAAAAAAGCAGCAAACAUAUUCCAAGCUGGACCACAAUGGAGAAAUGUAUUACAUUUUAUCUCACCUAAUCGGAACGAGUUAAAAGUCAUAGGCAAACACUUCAAUAUUCCUGUUCCUGAAAACAUGGAUCUGGAGGCUGUGAAAAAUACAGCUGAACAAUUGCUCAAAUACAUUCCAAAUAUUAUAACUACUUUAGGAUCGCAAGGAGUUUUGGUGACACGCAAGGCUUUGCAAGAUGAGCCCUUCUACGACAAGAAUGGAAAACCUAUUGUCAAUUCCUCAAUUGCAUCUAGAUUGUAUCCUCCUGUGGAUGGUGCGGACAAAUCCAGUAAAAUUCUCAGUGUAAGCGGCUGUGGAGAUUGCCUUACAGCUGGAAUAAUUUAUGGAAUUCAUAAGAAUCUGGAUGAAGCCAGUUGCAUUUCUAUUGCUUUAAAAGCUGCUUCACUUUCAUUAAGAUCUUUUGACACAGUUCCAAGAACACUCACAAUGCUUUCUAAUAGCAAAAAGAAUUUUAAUUAAUAUUUCUUUCUGACAAACUUUUUAAUUGCACUAUUGCAACAAUUUAGCAUGUAAGGAUUUUAAAUAUUUUAAUUAUAUAUUUUAUACUCGUUAAUUACAUUUUAUACAAUUUGAACUUUAUACUUGUUAUAUGUACAAGAUUCUACUGCUGCUAUAAUCAUAUCAAUCUGUUGUUUUAUUAAUUAGAUGCAUAUUGAAUUUAUACAAUGUUUGUCUAAAAUCAAUAUGGAAAUUUUGACGUCGCCAUCGCGUCAUCAUUGAAUAAGUCUUUACAUUAAUCACCGUUGCUUUGAAUAAUCGAGAUUAUUGACAAUACCAUAUUUAUUUUCCAUAAAGUAAAAAAAAUCCGAAUUACAGACGUAA